AUGGUCUCGACGACGUCUCAAUUCCCGAGUGCACUUACAGGCUCACUGCAGCUCUAUCAGAAGAAGCCCAUCGCAUUACCAUACUUUGACACAGAUCCCGAUCAACCGAACUCGCUCAUUUUUGUACCUGGACUUACCGACACUAUCGGAACCAUACCAUAUCUGCCAAAGCUGGCUCAUUCUAUCCCUCAACACGGAUUUUCAUUGGUCCAGCCGCAAUUGACGUGCAAUCUGAGCGGCUAUGGACAGUGUACGCUCGAGGGAGAUGCGCAGGAAAUUGCCGCUUGCGUAUCGCAUCUUAGGAGCACGCCGAAGAAGCGGAAUGGCAAAGUGGUGCUCAUGGGUCACUCGACCGGAUGUCAAGACUUGGUCGCCUAUCUCCUUUCAUCUACCCGUGCGACCAGUGCAGAGACCAGAAUCGAUGGCGCCAUCUUGCAAGCACCCGUUUCGGAUCGAGAGGUUUACGAGCAAGACAGGGGCGCCGCUUCAGAUCAAGUUCGAAAUGAGAUGGAUCGCGAGCUCCAACAUGCUACACAACUCGUGCAGUCUGGGCAGGGUGCCGUACUCAUGCCGCGCAAGGACUUGGAGUCCGGCUCCAUGCCGACAGACCCAACAGAUGCUCCAAUCGAUACAAAUGGGAUGAGCUCCGGCAAUGCAUCGGCAGUGCUCACGCCCGCCAUGACAGCCUAUCGCACUUGGUCCCUCCGAGCCAAAGGUGGCCAUGACGACUUCUUCAGUUCUGACCUUGAAGAUGCGCUCAUCACUGCAGCCGAUCCUGGUGCACGAACCAUGGGCAGAGCCAUUCACAAUUUGAAAGCCGGUGUUGCCUUUCACACCACUCAACAUCCACAAAUCUUGGCCCUUAUUAGUGAGAAAGACAAGUAUGUGCCGGACAAAGUAGCAGACAUUCUUCUCAACCGGUGGAACAAGCUUCUUAGCGGCACAGACGCCUUUCAUGCGGUGAUCCUCCAGGAUGCGAAUCACCAAGCAGCGAGUUCGGCAGCAACCGACAACUUGGUUCGAGCGGUUGAACGAUUCCUCACAGAUCUCAAAUAA